UGCUGUGUCACAAGAUUGGGGAAUAUUCGUUUACUGCUGAUGAAGCGUUGUUAGUUGUGACAAAUUCUCGCAACAAAACGUAUACAAUACAUCGUAAGAUUUCUCCACCGUCUUUCAAAGUGUACUGCUGCCAGCAGAGGGUAUCACGAGCAUUUGUUGAAUACAUGCACAUAAAUUUAAUUGCUACGUGAAUACAUAUUGCCCAAAACUGUACAUGCAGAUUGAAAUAAGAGUUGGCUGACGAGACGGCGACAUCAUUGCCAACGGCAACGAAUGCUUGUAUGGAUGACGUAAUUCAUAUAAGAUUCUCGGUGGAGAAAAUAUCGAAGGAUAAAAAAUACAAAGACCAGAAAAAAAACGAAAUUCUUAAUGCAAUCUGUGCUUUGUUGAACAGCAAUGGCGGAACAGUGGAAAUACGUGGUGAAGAAACGGAAGGUAACUUGGUCUCCACCACGAUACUCCACUCCUUUACUCGAACGCUUGAACAAUCGUUACAAUGCAGGUUGGGAGCUCAUAAAACCGAGUCGGUAGUUAUUAUCGACGACAAAAAUCAGAAAAUGAUAGCAAUUAGAGUCAGUAAAGCUCGCUUUCUCGUCACAAUGAAAUACAAUCUUUACCGACCAACUCAAAGACAAGUCGAGCUUUUUGGCAAUGACAAUCUCCAGCAUGUGGUAAAAAUAUUGAACAGAAAAUUUGUUGAUCAACCUGUCCAACUUGACUCACACGAGAAAAUAUUUUCCAAAAAUGAAAACUGUUCCUUCAGAGAAAAUGAGGUGAUUCAAUUCAAGCUCCUGAAAUCAGUUUCAUCAAAGCGCGUCACACUCGCAGAUCGUAUGAUUGGUAAAAGUAACAAAUUCAGCUGUUACGUAUCAGCGUUCGCUAACCACAGGGGUGGUCACAUUUACUAUGGUAUUGAUGAUGAUGGCAUUGUUUAUGGGGAGGACACAGAAAACAUUUCCGAAAUUGAAAAGAAAGUUGAAAAAGCCAUCCAGAAGAUGAUCUGGUUUGACGUGAUUGGUCAACCAAAACGAGGAGAACACUGGGAAAUUUUCUUUCAACCAGUGCUGGACGAGAAGUCCAACCCUAUCCCAUCAACGUUUGUGAUCGUGAUCUUUAUCGCUCCUUGUUUUGGUGGAGUGUUCGCAGAGGAACCAGAAAGCUAUGAAAUGGUGGAGGGAAAAGUUGAAAGAAUGUCGUUCACAACUUGGAAGGAGAAACUACCGCCUGUUGGUCUGAACAAGAGAAAACUGGAAGUUCCUUCCACAAUUAAACGUAUUUCAUUAAGUCCUGCGGCAAAAAAACGUUGCUGUGAGAUUCAUGAAGUUUUAACCGAGGCCAUUAAUAACGCGAGAUGGGAAUAUUUUGCGAGUUGCGCCAGGCAUCAUGAACAAAAAUAUCCCAACAAUCUUGAGGUACAUUUAGUAGUGUUGUCGAGAAGAGUAACGGCAAGUUAUCGACAAGGUAAUAUUCACACAGCGUCAAUCUUGCUUGCUAAAUUCGAAGAAUGUUUACCUCGAGCAGACGAACCACUUGUUUUUAAACUGCUUUUUCAGUCAUUAAGGGCAGCAUUUGCGCGUGCGUCUAGAAAAUCUGCUGAAUCUCGAGAUAUCUUAAUUAAAGCUUUAACCUUGGCAGAAAACAUAGAACCCGGACUUUGUACUGCCGCUCCCUAUUUAAUUCUAUCGUCAAUUUAUGAUAGUAGUCAAAAUGAUGCAGAAUUAUCGCCGGAAAUACUUUGUAUGAAGGCAUUGCAACACCUAGAGUAUGUUGAAGAUGCUCCAAUGACACGGGCAGACCUGUAUCAUCUUGCGCACAUCACAUUAGCAGCAUAUCAUCUGGGAUAUAAUUUGUCAGGAAAGAUGAUCAAAAAAGACAUCGAUAAAGAGAGUCUUCGAAAAGCCCAAGCAAGUAUAAUGGCUGUUUAUCGAUCAGUAUGUGAGGGAAAUCCGCUAACGACAUACAGAGAGAUUUGGUUGACAUUGGCACAAUCAAUGCUUUACAUUAGACACUCACAACUCCAACCUGAAAAGGAUACGAAAUUCCUCAACACAGCAAUUAGUUUUGCAAAGAAAGCUGAGAAUCUCGCCAAUGAUUCUGGUCUCGUGGAAAUAGUUCACUUGGCUAAAAAUCUCAGUCAACAACUGUCUCUAGACGAAAGUGAAUUUAAAAUAUAAGUGAAUCUAUUUUACACAUCUCUACCAUAAUCGCUAAUUAUUCAAGUUUCUACCAAAAUUAAACGUAUUUCACUAAGUCCUGCGGCAAAAAAGGACGUUAAAACCUCAUAAGUCUCAUGGGCGUUGCCGUGAGACUUAUGAGGUUUUAACCGAGGCCAUUAAUAAUGAGAAAUGGGAACCUAUUGCGAGAUGGGCCAGUUAUUUUGAACAGAAGUAUCCAACAAAAUUAUCGACAAGGCUAUAUUCCAAAUGCAUCCAAGAAUGUUUUCCCCAAGCAGAGCAACCGUUGCAUGGUUUUUCUGUCUUUGAAAGCAGCGAUAGCGCGUGUGUCUGGCAAAUCAUCUGAAUCUCAGAAAUUUCAGCGGACGCUUUAACCAUAGUGGAAAACGUAGAACCCGGACGUUGUGCUGUUGCUGUCUAUUUAGUCGCUGCGUCAAUUUAUGAAUGACAAAACGACGCAGGAUUAUCGCCGGACAUACUUUGUAUCAAGGCCCUGGAACACCUGGAGUAUGUUGAAGAUGCUCCAGUGACACGGGCAGACCUGUAUCAUAAUGCUCACAUCACGUUAGCAGCAGCAUAAUUAUCAUCUGUGAUAUAAUUUGCCAGGAAAGAUGAUCGAAAGAGUAAUCGAUCGAUAAAGAGAGCAUUCAAAAAGCCCAAGCAAGUGUAAUGGCGGUAAAUCAAUCAGUUUGUGAUGGAAAUCCACUAAUGAUAUACAGGGAGAUUUGGUUUGCAUUGGCAUGAUCAAUUCUUUACAUUAGACGCUCGCAACCUGAAAAGCAAACGAAAUUCCUCGACGCGGCAUUUCAUGAGGACAAUGACGAAAAAAUACUGAUUGCAGUCAGGAAAUCUAGCUUCCUCGUCAUGGUUAAUUGGAAUUUGUACGUACCCGUUAAUACACAAGUUGUGUGCAUUACCAAAAAUGGUAAUGGUAAAAUGUUAAUGGUGAAAAUUAUCAACAGAAGAUUUGUUGAUCAACCCGUCCAACUUGGCUCACACCAGAAAACAUUUCUCAAAAAUCGAACUGUUGCUUCAGAGAAAAUGAGGUGAUUCAAUUCAAGCUCCUGAAAUCAGAUUCAUCAAAGCGCGUCACACUCGCAGAUCGUAUGAUUGGUAAAAGUAACAAACUCAGUUGUUAUGUAUCAGCGUUCGCUAACCACAAGGGUGGUCACAUUUACUAUGGUAUUAAUGAUGAUGGCGUUGUUCAGGGAGAGAAAACAGAAAAAAAAUUUGAAAUUGAGAAGAAAGUUGAAAAAGCCAUCCAGAAGAUGAUCUGGCCUGACGUGAUGGGUCAACCAAAACGAGGAGAACACUGGGAAAUUUUCUUUCAACCAGUGCUGAACGAGAAGUCCAACCCUAUCCCAUCAACGUUUGUGAUCGUGAUCUUUAUCGCUCCUUGUUUUGGUGGAGUGUUCACAGAGGAACCAGAAAGCUAUGAAAUGGUGGAGGGAAAAGUUGAAAGAAUGUCGUUCACAACUUGGAAAAAGAAACUACAGCCUGUUGGUCGAAACAAGAGAAAACAAGAAAUUCCUUCCACCAUGAAACGCAUUUCAUUAAGUCCUGCGGCAAAAAAGCGUUGCAUCAAGGCUAAUGAACAUUUAACAGAGCUAAUUAGUAAUGGAAAAUGGAAAUCCGUCACGAGAUGCGCCAGUCAACUUCUACGCACAGCAAUAUCCUGACUAGCUUGACGUACAUUUAAUAGUGCUAUCAUGGGAAGUAAUGGGGGAUUAUCGACAAGGAAAAAUUCAUAGAGCGUCUAUCUUGCUUAAAAAAUUCGGCGAGCUCUUUCCCCAAGCAGAACAACCCUUGAUUUUGAAGUGCUUUCUCUGUUUUUGAAAGCAGCAGUAGCGUGUGUGGCGAAGUUGCUGAAUCUCGAAACAUAGCAACUGAUGCUUUAACCAAAGCGGAAUGCAUAGAACCUGGAGUUUUUACUAGCACACGUAUUUAUUUUUCUGCUGUAUCAGUUUAUGAUAACCAAAACGACGCAAGAUUAUCGCCAGACGUACUUUGUAUCAAGGCACUGGAACACCUGGAGUAUGAUGAAGAUAUUCCAGUGGCACGGGCAGACCUGUAUCAUAAUGCUCACAUCAUGUUAGCGAUACAUGUACUGGGAUAUAAUUUUUCAGGAAGGUUGAUUAAAAAAGACAUCGACAAAGCGAGUAUUCAGAAAGGCAAAGCGAGUUUAAUGGCUGUAAGUCAAUCAGUGUUUGAAGGAAAUCCACUAACGGGAUACACAGAGAUUUGGUUCACAUUGGUUCAAUCAAUGCUUUACAUUAGACACGCGCAACUCGAACCUGAAAAGGAAACAAAACUCCUCAAAGAUGCAUUUCAGAUCGCAAAGAAAGCUGAGAAACUCGCCAAAGAAUCUGGUCUCUUGGAAAUGGUUUGCUGGGCUCAGAACACAAUUGUUUCUUGUACUGAAGCAUUGUUGCUAUCGAAGUUGACGAGAAUGGAAAACAUUAAGUUAUAUAAAGUACAGGAAAUAUUGCAUGUAACAGAAACAAA